AUGGGCACACUCUCUGCACACAUCACCUCUUCUACAACCCAUGUCGCCGCAGCACCCACUUCACUCUUUAUCAACACAAAUUUAAAUCAAGACAUAUCCAUCCCUUUGGGGAUUUCUAUCGGACUCCUCGCAUCUUUUGUCCAAAGCCUUGGCCUUGCGAUCCAGCGUCGUAGCCAUGUUCACAACUCACAGCUCCCAGAACAAGACCAGAAAGUAGAACACCGCCGACCAUUAUGGUUGAUAGGGUUCGCUAUCUUUUUGAUAUCUAAUGUAUUUGGAUCUUUCAUACAAAUAGCAUCCCUUCCGGUCGUCAUACUGGCACCCUUGGGCGCUGUUUCUCUCCUUUGGAAUGCCCUCUUUGCUAAUCUCCUCCUUCGCCCACGAAUGCUCCUCGGAACCGCUCUCAUCGCGGGUGGCGCUGCGUUGAUUGCUAUCUAUGGCAUUGUUCCUGAAACUACGCGGAGUCUUGACGAAUUGAUGUCACUCUUCGCGCGUCCUGCGUUUAUAUUCUGGUUCUGCGCCGAGGGUUUCAUCCUGCUCGUAUGCCUUAUCGUGACGCAUGGUGUUGAAUAUUCUUACAAGAGACAACUAGAAGCUGCAGCCUGUUCAUUGUUGCAGGCCAAUCGGCAUUCUUCUACCUCCGCUCAUAGUUCUCCUCUAAACUCUCCGACACCGCUGCCUCCUACACACACUCAGCAACCAUGUAAUCCAGCUGUUGGUUUCGCUGAGGAACAAGUCACCGGCGGCUUCGCAUCUGAGGUGACGCCACUACUCGAUCCAAAAUGUGGCCAUCAUUCCAAGUCCUCAAAGUCAUCAUCACCAUUACGCGUACCACUUCCUGGCCGGACUUCGCUUCUUCUUGCCUUAGCAUAUGCUGCAGCUUCAGGGACAUUGUCCGGGCUUUGUUUGAUCUUCGCAAAGUCUGGUGUUGAACUUCUUGUCCUCACACUCGGCGGUGUCAAUCAAUUUUACAGAUGGGAAGCGUGGAUUCUUGUUGGUGGACUCGUUAUUUUUGCUCUGGGACAACUUUGGUACCUUAACCGCGGUCUGAGGCUUGCAGAUCCUGCGUUUGUCUGCCCAUCCGCUUUUUGCUUUUAUAACUUUUCAUCGAUUAUCAAUGGUUUGGUAUACUUCAACCAGCUCGGGCAACUCCCAGGGUGGCACCUUAUCCUCGUCAUCGUCGGCAUGUUUGUUCUUCUUGCUGGGGUUUGGGCAGUCAGUGCCCAAGCCAACGUUGAUGAAAGUGAUAUAGCAACUGAAUCUGACAUUGAAGACCAAGCAGUAUCUAGCAGCGGAACUGUCACUCCUGAAACAAAUCCCCCAAUAUCCUACCCUUCAUAUGCAAGCACUGCCGUCGGUCCCCAGAGUUCAUCUAUCUCUGGGCCAGUCGCACCUCCUAUGGACCGCCGGGUGCGGUCGGAGGGCACUGUUUUCCCUCAGAGUUCCGUCUCCUUGCACACCCUCCGUGCGUCAUCUUCGCAGCUUACACCUCCCUCCACAGACCACCAGACGGAUAUUUCUCCACUCUUACCAGACACCUCUCGCUCAUCACGUCGACACCCUACCACCCUCGAUCCAUCUGCAUCUAUACAUACUAUUGGCCCAUCUUCACAUCAACAUCAAUUGUCGAGCGUAUUGUCUCCCGCAGGACUGACAAUAGGUCUCUCGCCCGUCAGCCCUGGAUUUGGGCUCCUCCCUUCGCCAAGAAGAACCUCCAGGCGUAUCAGUGGAGUCGGGCUUGGCUUUGCAGCUGUCGUCAACGAGAGUAUGUCUUUGGCUGGUUCUGCGGGUGGUCGGAGGCGGACUUUGAGUGAGGGGCAGGGAAGACACUCGGGAGACAUUCGGGGCAGGAGAGAUUGGGGCGGUCCUAACGCUGAACUCUCGCAGCAGGUAAUAGAAGAGGGCGCUACCGCUGCCGGCAGAAACGGUGAAACCUACAGAACGGGAAGGCGAUGGAUGUGGCUAAGAGACGUUUUCCUGGGACGGGACGCUAGACAUAGAUAA